CACACACCCUCUCCUCAUUCACCAGAGUCCAAUCCCGUCCUCUCUGCUCCCGCUCUCUCUAAGGAUAUUUCAGGAGAUGAUAUCCUGUCGAGCCCAACAGGCCCUAACACCAGCCCGCUACUCUCUCGUUUUACGACGACCGACUGCCCCGUUCCCUCGCCGCGCUGCCCCAACCUCAGCCACAGCCUGCGCUACAACUCAGACCCUGACACAGCCCCUUCUCCACCAUGUUCACAGCACAUACGCAUGGCUCGCUGCAGCAUCCAUACAGAGCCAGACGAGGGCUCUGUGUCCAUCUCAAUGCUCAACAGACACAUCCACACCCUGAGGAAGAUCAGACAUUUUGAGGAGCGUUUUGAACAGGAGAAGCACUAUAAGCCGGCCCAUAAUGACAAGACUGCCCAUCCAGAGGUGGCCAGACUGAUGAAGGAGCUCAUCAAGAGUCGCAAGCAGCUUAAAGAGCUAAAGCUGAGGCAAUCAGAAGGCGGCGGGCUGAGGGGGCAGGUGGGUUUCAACCCACCAGCUGAAACAUGCAGGACCAAUACAGACCAGAGGGAGGCAGCACCAACAGGAACUGAACUGCAGCAACUUAACAACAACAGUAAUGCCAGGCCAAACGUGGAGGAAACAGUCAACAUUAUAACCAACAGACUGAAGGAAAAACGGCGAGAGCUGGACCUGCCUGACAGCAUUAAGGAGAUGUCCCAUUACCAGAUGACUAUGGAGAAGACUAGUAUGCAGAAGUGUUUGCUCUACUUUGAAAGUCUACACGGCCGACCGAGUACCAGGCAGGAGCGAACUCUGAUGAAACCUUUUUAUGAUCGGUAUCGUCUUCUCAAGCAGCUGCUGCAUUUUUCUGCUGCCUCAACAGUCAUUACGACCAUUGAAGAAGAGGAGGGCUCUGAUGAAGGGCGUCCCAAACAGCAAAGCCCCAGGCAGCAGCCACUUUGGCAGAAACCUCCUAGGUGUGUGUCCUUAGAGGAGUCAUUGCAUCUGCCUUCCCUAGAAAUGACUGAAACACCUCUAGUGUCCCCGCUGGAGGAGGUGAAAGGUCUCCAGCCACAGAUCAUCACCAUGGCAACAUUACAUGAAGCUUCCAGACAAGAAUUACUGGAUCACCUCAGGACGGCUCGAUUAGAGAAGCGGAGACUUCACCAAACACUCCGAGAGUUUGAGGACCAUUUCUACAGGCAGACUGGCAGGGCUUGUCAGAAAGAGGACCGUGGACCAAUGGCGGAGGAGUACUGCCAGUAUAAGAACCUCAAAGCAAAGCUCCGUCUACUGGAGGCCCUGCUCAGUAAACAACAGGACUCAACCAAGACCAGUUGAGUUAACUCACAGUGGGACUUUUAUCCAACUUAACAGGAUCAUAUCUGAAAAAUCAGGUUGGCAAGCCGGUGGGUCUGGUCUUUUUUUCAUGCCAUGCUCAUUAUGUUGAUGCACUUUACAUGAGGAAAACAAUGAUGGAAAUUGGUGACAAUCUGAAUGAAAUGCUGGGCAACUGCAGUUUUUUUUUUUUUUUAAAGUCCCAAAAACACAUCCUUUGUCAUUCAUGACGCAUCUUAUUAUAAACCUGAUGUAGCAAGUGUAUGUUAUGUAGCACUAAUCUGUGUCAGAGAUGAAAAGCUGUAACAACUUGAUGUUAGUUACAUAUUAGUAAUUUUAAGAUUACUGUACGUAUAUUAUGGCACUUGGCUUUUUUUUGUUUCUUGCCAAAACACUAUUUUUGGACAGUUUUGUCCAGAGUUAAUGUGAAAACUGCAUUUUUAAAAA